GUUUCCCGGUAUGUUAUUUAGCGGAAAGUUUGGCCACGCUGGGCUUUUACUAGCCGCUUUUGGCCUAAGUGCUCACUUUACACAGGCAGACCAUAUAUUGGCCAUAUUUUCGUAUGUUUUUGCUUCACCCUAUCGUACCGUACGGCCAUUUAUAAAUGAACUUGUCGAAGAAGGAUACCAAGUAACUGUGAUUUCAGCUUUAAAUCAUUUUGAACCUAUUGAAAAGGCCCAUCACAUUCGCGUUCCUAUGUUAGAUCGCCUAAUGCAUGGCUUAUUAGAUUUUGAGUUCGAUGAAGAUCCAAUGCCUUCCAAAUGGGAUGAGGCCUUAUGGGUAUCGCACUUUUAUCGUGCUUCUGUACAAUAUAUUCUAUCUGAUAGUGGAGUUCAGCAGCUAUUACACAAUUCAAGUGCCCAGUUUGAUUUAAUAAUUAUGAACACACCGCAUUCGGAUGCCCUCUGUGGUUUUGGAAUACAUUUUAAUGCCCCUAUGGUUGGUAUUGCUGCCUAUGGAUCGGCUUGGAUUGUAGAUUAUCUGGCUGGGAAUUCAGCACCAAGUGUAUAUGAGCCCAUGUCACCAGUGGGCUAUGCAUAUGGAAGCUCAAGUUUGUUGGAAAAAUGGCAAAAUUGGAUUUACAAGACUGAGGAGUGGUUAUUGGAGCGAUUAGUUUAUUUGCCACCACAACUCGAACUCUACAGAAAAUAUUUUGAUAAUUCGCAUUCAAGUUUCGAUGAGAUUCGUCGAAAUUUUUCAUUGAUUUUGGUCAACCAACAUUUUAGUUUAGGUCGUGCCAGAUCCAAUGUGCCCAAUCUAAUUGAAGUAGCAGGGAUGCAUAUGUGUGUGCACAAAAAUUGCAAACUAGAUCCUAUUCCGGAUGAUAUUCAGCGUUUUAUGGAUGAGGCUAAGAAUGGUGUUAUCUAUUUCUCAAUGGGUAUGGAAAUAAUUGAAGAGUGGCUACCAAAGCAUUUGAAACGAGUGUUAAUAGAAACGUUUUCCAAACUAAAACAACGCGUGCUAUGGAAAUACGAUGAUCUGGAACCAGUUAAAAAUAAAACAGAUAAUAUUUUUAUAAGAUCAUUGAUGCCGCAACAGCAAAUACUACAACAUCCCAACCUUAAACUCUUUAUUACCCAUGGUGGCCUUUUAAGUAUCAUUGAGGCGGCAUACUACGGUGUACCUACACUUGGUUUGCCCAUCUAUUAUGAUCAAUUUUCGAAUACCCAACGCAUGCGUAUAGCAGGUGUUGGACAAACUCUGGAUAUCAAUUCAAUUAAUGUUGAAAUAUUGAAUCAGACUAUUCAUGACAUGUUAAAGAAUCCUUCAUAUGCCAGAAAUGCUAAAAAGAUGUCCGCAAGGUUUCGUGAUCAACCCAUGAGUCCAUUGAAAACCGCUGUCUGGUGGACUGAGUAUACCCUAAGGCACAAGGAUGCCUCUCAUAUGCGUCUGGCUGAAAAUGACAUUGGAUUUCUGCAAUACUAUUGUGUUGAUAUAGUAUCCAUUUUGUUUGGACGAAUUGUUCUUACCGCUCUAAUUGUGAUUGUUUUAACUUAUAAACUACUAAAUUAUGUUAUAGCUCGUGUACCCUUUAGUCUGAGUAUUCCGCUUCUGCACUUGGGUUGAGUCAGUUAUAUUGACUUUGAGAAGUGUGUACAGCAAAAGCAAAUA